AUGAAGCUUUUUCUGCACAACAUACUUACUUCUCGUGUCUUAAAGUCUGUGAAAGUGGGAUAUCCACUAAAAUUGAAAGCCAACGCGUUAAAGGUAUCAACGGUUGAUUAUGACCCUGCAUCAGUUGCCCGUUUGAUUCCGAAAGUUGAGUGGUCUGUUGUGAAGUCAGUAGCAGAUGAAAUUGGUGAAGAUUACAUUCCUUGUUUGCCAGAAGAAGUCCCGGUUAAUUAUUCGGAAAAUGAAGAAUUCUUAAAAUUGGCACACCGAGCACUUCUUGAAGUCGACGUAAUGGAGGGUGUACUGGUUUGCCCAGAAACUGGUCGGGAGUUUACCAUCUCAAACGGAAUUCCAAACAUGUUGGUCAACGAGGGUGAAUAA